AUUUUAAGUUCAAUCAUCAAAGAGUGAAGACGAAAAGCCGUAAUUCUCCGUGAAAUAAAUUUUAAUAAAAAAAUUAAAAGUGUAGUAUAAUUAAAAUUACUACUAAAGUAAAAAACUAGAACCAAUCAAGGAGAAGCGGGAAAAAUAAAACGUCCGAAAAUGGCGGACGAAGAACAAUUUUCCCUUUGCUGGAAUAAUUUUAACACAAACCUAUCAGCCGGUUUCCAUGAGUCGCUGUGUCGUGGAGAUCUUGUCGACGUAACACUAGCAGCAGAAGGACAACUUGUAAAAGCUCAUCGUUUGGUUCUAUCGGUAUGCUCGCCAUAUUUCCGAAAAAUGUUUACUCAAAUGCCAGCAAAUCAACACGCAUUCGUUUUCUUAAAAGAUGUUAGUUCAUCAGCUCUCAAAGACUUGAUUCAAUUUAUGUACUGUGGAGAAGUCAAUGUCAAGCAGGAAGCCUUGCCAGCCUUUAUAAGCACAGCAGAAGCAUUACAAAUCAAAGGACUAACGGAAUCGAAUGAUGGAACAGUCACAGCUCAAGGAUCGUCAUCUCCAACCAAAGAAGGAAAUGUAUCAACUCCACUUCCCGACCAAUCAUCCCUUCGCCCACGCUCUACACGAAUCGUUGCCAGUCGACCUCAAGCCUUCAAAAUUGAAUCAGAAGGAAGCAGCGAUGAAAAACAAACGGUCACAUUAGUACAAACAACACAACCAUCCAAACGCUCUUCUCGCCAAUCUAUCACAGUUGCACCAAAACGUAUUAAAAUGUCACAAUCACAAGAAUCAGCAGACCCGCUAGACGACCCUGAACACGAAAUUGUUACACCACAGCAUCUCAAAGUGACAGAAGCAACAGAAUUCAUUGAUUUACCCAUAGAAGGCACGCAAUUGAACCCGAAAACUGAACCGGAAUAUGUUGAGGAUACACAGGAAAUUGAGACUGAACAGGAUGAUGACCAAUAUGUUGAAGAUGUUACAUAUGGCGAAGAAAAAUACGAUGAAUCAUAUUUUACUGAAGGCGAUGAUAAAGCUGGCGUAUCUGGAUUUAGUGAAACGUAUGCAACGGAAGGAGAUCAAUCAAACACGGAUGCUCAAGUCCAGAAUAUGCGACGGUGAAGUAUUAUGAGACGGCAGUUGGAAGCAAAGCAAUAAUUUGUGAUAAUUAUCCAUUUGCCAAAGAGAAAUCAAACAGUUCCGGAAUAUCUUGGCGUUGCAUGUACAAAGGAAAAAAGGGAUGUAAAGCUCGAGGUCAAACGCGUUAUGGAAGUCCAUUUGUGAUGCGUUUAAGUCAAAAAGAUCAUAAUCAUACGCUUGUAAAUCCACCACGUGGUGCACAAAAACUUAUUCCAAAUUACAAAAUAUUGGAGUGUGAAGAAUUAAUGACAUAUUUUAAACGUAAAAGUAAUUUUAAGAAACAACAAAAACUGACAAUUCCUGUUUGGCGAGAUUAAAAUAUUAAGAGAUUAAUUAAUGAUUAGUCUAAUGGAUUGAUUAAUGUGACUUGAGAUGAUUUUCUUUUUGAUGUAGGCAGGGGUUUGUUCCCAGGCCAAGUUAUUCCUUUGUUCCUUUUCUCUGUUCCGGAAGAAUUAAGAAACAAAGGAAAAACUUUUUCCAGGAACAAAGACCUGCAUCAUGAAGGUUUGAAUUCUUCUGAGUACUAAAAAAAUUCAAUAAUUAAAAAGCACUAUGGGAAAAAGGUUCACAAAACAUGGAAAUAACUUCUUAUUGCACGCACUGAUGAAAUCGUUUAAGAUUGCACUAAAUCAUCAGAAAUGUUUCAUGACAUUAUUUAAAUUUAAAGCACGCAUCAUCAUCAUCAUGACCAGACAAUUUUAAACCUGAAUCGUAAAGUAAAUAUUUCUAAUUUUUAAUUAUUUUGUGUUGAUCAUAAUCUCUAAAAAAAAUAAAGUAGUUAACAAAAUAAAAAUGUUAUUCGAUUAUUGCUUUAGUAAC